GUUGCUUUCCUGCGAUAAGGGAGAGCUUGUGCGAGUCUAUUAGCAGACGCGUGGUAGUGAUGGCGGCUUUCAGGGCGACUUUUCCUGUCACUGGAUACUAUUCCUACGACCAGCGGCGGCGGGAGCAGCGUUUAACUCGCCCCGCUGCGGCUGCCGGCACGUUGCAAAGGCAGGCUCCAGGAGGGGCCGAAGAGAAGUCUUGACCAACUCCCCUUCCUGUUCUCUCCCCCCGCCCCACCCCGCUCCCUUUAGGUGCUUGCAGCCGCGGAAGUCUCUCGGGCACGCCGCCACGAUGGGCAUGUUAGACCGCUUGAGGAAGGACUGGUUCAUUCUGGGAAUAGUCCUGGUCAUCACGGUGGCCAAGCUGGAGCCGGCCUUUGGGGUGAAAGGGGGUCCACUGAAACCAGAAAUCACCAUCACCUAUAUAGCUGUUUCAGCUAUAUUCUUUAACAGUGGGCUCUCACUGAAAACAGAGGAGCUGACAAGUGCUUUGAUGCAUGUGAAAUUGCAUCUUUUUGUCCAGAUCUUCACACUUGUAUUCUUCCCAACAGCAAUAUGGCUAUUUCUUCAGCUGUUAUCUAUCACACCUAUAAAUGAAUGGCUUUUAAAAGGUUUGCAGACAGUAGGCUGUAUGCCACCUCCUGUAUCUUCAGCAGUGAUUUUAACCAAAGCUGUUGGUGGGAAUGAGGCAGCCGCUAUAUUUAACUCUGCGUUUGGAAGUUUUUUGGGCAUUGUUAUAACUCCAUUGCUCCUCCUGCUUUUUCUUGGAUCGUCCUCCUCUGUGCCUUUCUCAUCUAUAUUCUCACAGCUGUUCAUGACAGUUGUAGUUCCUCUCAUAAUUGGGCAGAUAGUCCGAAGAUACAUCAAGGAAUGGCUUGAGAGAAAGAAACCUCCGUUUGGUGCUAUCAGCAGCUGUGUGCUCUUGAUGAUCAUCUAUACAACUUUCUGUGAUACAUUCUCCAAUCCAAAUAUUGACCUUGAUAAGUUUAGCCUGAUUAUCAUAGUUUUUAUAAUAUUUUCAAUUCAGCUUGGAUUCAUGCUGUUAACUUUCUUCUUUUCUACAAGGAAGAAUUCUGGUUUCACACCAGCAGACACAGUGGCUAUUAUUUUCUGUUCUACACACAAAUCUCUAACCUUGGGAAUACCAAUGCUGAAGAUAGUAUUUGAAGGCUAUGAGCACCUAUCUUUAAUUUCGGUCCCUUUACUUAUCUAUCACCCAGCUCAGAUCCUCCUAGGCAGCGUGUUGGUACCAACAAUAAAAUCUUGGAUGAUUUCUAGACAAAAGGCACUGAAAUUAACAAAGCAGGCCAAGGUGCCAGUGAAAGUAUAAUGAUGGAAGAGAUCCAGUGAAUGUAUAUAUGUACUAUUUUGUACAUACACAGAGACAGUUCAGAAGAUGGGCCUAUAUGAAUGUUACUUCAGCACUUACUUUAUUUUUAUAGAUACGUAUAUAUUUACAAUACCUACUGAAGUGCCUUAAAAUAUGUUUGAAAAAAGCAUUGAUUCCAAAAUCAACUGGCUGGUUACUAUAAGAGAUUGCACACAAUUUGAGGGCCAUUAAAUUUUUUACUUUUCUUACUGAGUGAAUAGUUGUAGCGAUGAAAGACUGGAGCUUCCGCCAUCGCACCUUCGCAGAGCCAGUGGCUACAAUAUACCAAGUGUUUCUCUCACACACGUUCCCUUGAAAUGAAUGAAAACUGGAUGGGAGCUGCGUUCAGUGACUUGUGCUAACCAUUCACAAGCUUGAAUGUUAAUCCCUGGCUACAACAAACCGGGGGCAACUCUCUUCUGGCUGAGUGCAGGAAAGCAAUUUCUGAAGUUCUAGUCAAGAUUAACUUGAAUUUCUGUGUGAUUCCAUAACCCUCCCUGCUCAUGUGAUUGUGACAUGCCUUUUUCUUCUGAGUUUGUGUACACUCAGCAUGGGGCCAUCCAUUGGAAAGGAACUGAGAAGCAUAAAUUAUUUGCAUUUGUUGACACAGUUGUCUAGACAUUCCUUCAAAGCUAAUGGUUUCUCAAGACAAUUCUCUCCGUUCCAUUUUUAUGAUUUUGUGGCAUUGUAUAUCUUAAAUGCAUCGUGAGCUUCUUCAAAGAGUAGGCCUGGUGCUUAGGGUAGUAUGGAAAGAUCUGUGAUCUGUAGGCACAGCUAGAAGGGUAUUUUAAUAUUAUUAUUAUUAUUAUUAUUAAUAACCCGAAUUGAGCAAAAAAGAUUUUACCCUCUUUCCCCCCCCAAAAGCAACACGCCAUACACUACAGCGACAGAAGAAUAUCAGAUACUAAUAUUGCAGCAGCCACUUUACGGCCAUUUAUAGAUUUGACAGAGCUGUAUUGUUUGCUGCCUCCUGAGCAGCACUCAAAAGCUAGUGAGGAUGAAAACCAAUGAUUUUUGUUCCGAAAGCAAAUAUAUUUGUAUAAUAUAGACAUUUAAGAAGCACUGGAAUAGAGGGGUUAUUUCUGGUUCAUUUGACAAUCAGAUGUUGUUUGCUUGAAAAUUAAAACAAAUUAAACAUG